AUGCGAAUCUCAGUGAUUCGGACGGGUAGACGGCUCUCGUCUCUUCUGGCCACGCCCACUUUUGCGACGUCAUCGACGAGCAACAAAUGGCUGAGCACAAAUGAGCCGAAGAGGGAAAAAGAGAAGAUUGCCGAGGUUUUUGAGGUGAGCUUUGCGGUGUUUCGAAUGAAAAAUGGCAAUUCUCAGUUGGACGGCCGAAAAUUCGAGACGGACGGCCUUUACAACGUGUCUCCCGCCGUCCGACGUCUUCUGGAUCGGCGGAUACUGAAGGAGGACGGAAAUCCGUUGAAUUUGUUGAAACGACGAAUCACCGACUACGUUCAUCAGACUUAUCGCAAAGCCGGUGCGCUUUUUGACCUGAAAUUGUGAAAAAUAGGAUUUAUAGAAGGAUUGUUAGUUUCGAGCUUGGAAAUGAGCACAAAUUGACCAAGUUUGAGCAAAUUAGCCUCUUUUACAGGAAAUCGAUCGCCUCUGUUCACAAUAUGCGAAUCGGAGCCGCGAGUGGUCACCACCUUCCAGAACUUUGACUCUCUUCUCACUCCGAACGAUCACGUCUCCAGGUAA